AUGGCCUCAAUUACAAGUGCAGCAGCAGGGGAACGACCGGCAGCAGAGGAAGAACCAGCAGCAGAGGAAGAACCAGCAGCAGAGGACGGUCAAGGAGCCGAGGACGGUCCAGGAGCCGAGGACGGUCCAGGAGCCGAGAACGGUCCAGAGGCCGAGGACGGUCCAGCACUCGGCUCUGUUGUGUGUGCGGUGCUGUGGAACAAGCCGGACAGUGUGUACCCCGUCCCGGUGUGGAUCGUGGUCCUGGCCGUGCUGUUGGGGCUCCUCCUGCUGAGUCUGCUCAUCAAGUUCUCUAUGGGUUUCUUUAAAAGGUCUGAUCCUUACGCCACAACAAUGGAGAAAGCUCAUCUCAGACCACAGGCCUCGUCUGAAGCCUAG